ACAAGGUAAAGGUACCCAUGGAAGAUGGAAAUCUUAUGCAUUGAUUGAAGUAUGAUCAUCUCUUGCAUCCCAUGAACCGUUGUAUUCGAGCACUCCGAUGUUUCAGUUCCAAAUCCUCCAUUACCGGACCAAAACCCAACUGGGAUCCAAUCGUUUCCCUUGAACUCAAACACCCAUCUCUUGUUUUGCUCGAAAAAUGCAGCUCAAGGAAUCAUCUCAAGCAAAUUUUGGCGCAGAUGAUGAGAGCCGAUCUUAUAUGCCAAACAUUUCCGAUGAGCAGGCUAAUAUUCUUCUCAGCAGUUUCGCACCCUGAAAACAUGGACAUUGCUCUCAUUCUCUUUCACCAUUUCACUCCUUUUCCGAAUCUCUUCAUUUUCAAUACCAUGAUUUCUGCUUUAUCUUUCUCUUCAAGUGAAUCUUUUUGUGUAUAUAGUUGUAUGCUUGGGUCUUGCGUUUACCCUGAUAAGCACACUCUACUUUACCUUCUUCAAGCAAGUAAGAGUUUGUUUGACGUGAAACAGGUGCAUUGUCAUGCUGUUGUUACCGGGUUGUUUUUGUCUCAUGGGUAUUUGCAGAAUUCACUCAUGAAGAUGUAUUUGGAGAGUGGGGAAAUGGGUCUCGCAAAUAAGGUGUUUGUGUCAAUGCCAGAACCAGAUUCUGCAUCAUUUAACAUAAUGAUUGGGCACCAUGCUAAGAGAGAUGAUUGUGUUGAGGCACUGAAACUGUUCCAUCAGAUGCUGGCUCUUGAUCUUGAACCUGAUGAGUUCACGAUGUUGGGCCUUAUUGUUUCUUCUGGGCAAUUAGGGGAUGUGAAGCUGGGGAAGUCUGUGCACGCAUGGAUGGAAAGGAGGAAGCAUAUUACUUCGUUGAAUUCAAUAUUGUGUAAUGCCUUGUUGGAUAUGUAUGUGAAAUGCAAUGAACUGAAGCUUGCGAGAAGGGUGUUUGAUGACUUAAUGGUGAAGGAUGUUGUUUCCUGGAACACCGUGAUUGCAGGGUUGGCCAAGGCUGGGAAGAUGGAAACUGCACGGGCUUUUUUCGACCAGAUGCCCAGCAGGGAUAUUGUUUCGUGGAACUCUUUGAUUGCUGGAUACGUCCAGAGAGGUGAUUAUGGGAUGGGAAGACAGUUGUUACAUGACAUGGUUGCAGAAAAUGUUCGACCUGACCAUGUCACAAUGAUUAAUCUGGUGUCAGCUGCAGCAGAAAUUGGAGCAUUGGACCUAGGACGAUGGAUACAUGGGCUAGUAAUCAGGUUGCAAAUGGAGUUGGAUGCAUUCUUGAGUUCAGCAUUGAUUGACAUGUACUGCAAAUGUGGAAGCAUUGAAAGAGCUUUUGCAGUUUUCAGGGAAGCCAGUGACAAGGAUGUCGCAGUGUGGACAGCAAUGAUUACUGGAUCUGCAUUCCAUGGUUGUGGAAGGAAAGCAGUGGAACUGUUCCACCAGAUGCAAGAGGAACUAAUGCCAAAUGAGGUGACUCUUCUUGCUGUUCUCACUGCUUGCAGUCACAGCGGACUUGUGGAUGUAGGACUCAACAUAUUUUAUGGUAUGGAGAGAGAUUACGGAAUUGAACCAGUAGUAGAGCACCAUGGAUGUUUGGUGGAUCUUUUCUGCAGGUCAGGGAGAUUGGACAAGGCAAAGGAUGCCAUUGAUAGGAUGCCGAUGAAACCCAGUAGAUCCAUAUGGGGUUCCAUGUUGAAUGCUUCCCGAGCUCAAGGAAAAGUGGAUAUGGCAGAGACGGCUUCAGCAGAGCUGCUGAAGCUGGAGCCAGAUAACGAGGGUGGGUAUAUAUUGUUGUCUAAUACAUAUGCUGCGAGUGGGAGGUGGAGCUACUCUGACAAGAUUAGGGAAGUCAUGGAAAACAGGGGAUUGAAGAAGAUUGCUGGUUGCAGUAGUGUAGCCGUUGGUGGAAUUGUUCACGAUUUUGUGGCUGCAGAUAAGAGGCAUGCAAGGUGGGCUGAGAUCAUGGCUAUUUUGAGUAGUCUGCAUAGUGAAAUGAAGUUGAGGGCUCAUAUUUCAUUCGACUGCUUAUAAUGGUUAUUGAAAUUGUGUUCUACUACUUAUCCUCGUCCAUUCUUUGAGUUUUGCUCUCUGCCAGUUGACAAAUUUUACUAAAAAUUACUUCACUUG